CGGGGGGUGGGGGAGAUGGCAGGUGGGUCCUGCACCGUGGUCCCCUGGGGGCAGCGUCAUCCUGCUCAGCCAUGCCUCUUCUCUGUCUUCUCUGUUCUGUGGCAGCUUCCUCUUCGCUGCACCCAGCGGAUGUUUGCCUCGCAGUCUGAGGGGGAGCUCAAAGUAACCCAGAUCCUCAAAGAAAGCUUUCCUCGAGCUACAACUAUCAAAGUCACUGACAUUUCAGGAGGCUGUGGGGCGAUGUAUGAAAUCCAAAUCGAGUCAGAAGAAUUUAAGGAGAAGAGGACUGUCCAGCAGCACCAGAUGGUAAAUCAGGCCCUGAAGGAAGAAAUCAAAGGAAUGCACGGAUUGCGGAUAUUUACCUCUGUCCCCAAACACUGACCACGCCCCGGCUGCAAAGAUGCUGCUGCUUAAAACCUUGGAUGAACUUGACCAUUCUUUCCUAGGCAUUUGCCAGAAAAUUUAUCUAUUUUGUUCAUAGACAUUUCCAUGUUAUAAUUAUAGAAGAAUAUGUUAUCUAUUUAGAUGUUAAUUAAAGGCAACAGAUAACUGAG